AUGGCUGGGAAGCAUGGACAAGUCAUGUGGCCAAGAUUGGUUGCUAAUAAGAUUUUGAAGAAGAGAUUGGGUAGCAAUAGCUUUGUGGCUGAUAUUCCAUCCAACAACACUUCUCCAUCUUUGCUUCAAAUUCCACUCUUUGCUCAAUCUUCUUCACUCCCUAAUGCCUUCUAUAAGCCUCCCAUCCAAAAUUACAAGGUUUCUGUUAGUACAUGGAAUGUUGGAGGAGUUGCACCAAAUCAGGAUUUGGACAUGGAGGAUUGGGUGGACAUUUCUUGUGACAUCUACGUUUUUGGAUUCCAAGAAAUAGUGCCAUUGAAAGCCUCGAAUGUGUUUGGAUCAGAGAAUAGGGAAAUAUGCUCACAAUGGAAUUCAAUGAUAAGAGAAGCUUUAAAGAAGAAAGUGAACCAAACAUUCAAGUGUAUUAUAAGCAAGCAAAUGGUUGGGAUAAUGAUAUCCGUUUGGGUUCGAAGCGAUCUCCAUCCCUUCAUUCGAAGUCCAAGCGUGUCAUGCAUUGGGUGCGGCAUCAUGAGCUGCCUCGGCAACAAGGGCUCAGUAUCGGUAAGGUUUCGAUUGCAUGAAACAAGCUUCUGUUUUGUGUGCACUCAUUUGGCAUCGGGAGGCAAAGAAGGAGAUGAAAAGAACAGAAACGAUAAUGUUUGUGACAUAUUAUGUCGCACUUCAUUUCCAAAGGGCCCUUCUCUUGAUUUGCCCAACAAAAUACUCCAACAUGACCGAGUGGUAUUGUUUGGGGACUUGAAUUAUAGAAUUUCUCUACCUGAAGAAACUACGAGAUUAUUGGUUGAAAGAAAGGAUUGGGACACUUUAUUACAAAACGAUCAACUGAAGAUGGAGAUGAUGGAUGGGCAAGUAUUGGAAGGAUGGGAAGAAGGGAACAUCAAAUUUGGGCCAACUUACAAAUACUAUCCAAAUUCAGAGGUUUAUUAUGGAGGCUUACAUGGUCUCAAAGCUGAAAAAAGGAGAGCCCCUGCCUGGUGCGACCGAAUUAUAUGGAACGGAAAGGGACUAAAACAAGUAUCAUACAAUCGAGGGGAAUCAAAUCUAUCUGACCAUAGACCUGUUAUGGCCAUUUUUACCGCAGAAGUAGAAACCAUAACAAAUUUGAAAACUUUACGGGGUUUCUUUUUGUCGAACCGAUUUGAGGAACUGAAUAAUUCUGAUUCUCCAUUUGUCGUUGACGAAGAGGAGGAUGAGGAGGAGAUGUUUUCGACGGCCGAUUUCGUAUGUAAGAAUAAAUCGACGUUUAAAAACCACCUUAAAUGA